AUGGUGACGGUCGGCAAGUCGCACCCGGGUGCUGACCCCGUUCAGCCUCUCCCCGCCUCACCGGACCCGGUCGGCGCCAACUCCCCACCAUCGAAGCGAGAUUUGGCCUCAUGGUGGAAGCAGUUCAAGCGAAGUACCAGGAAGGAUGAAUUGAAAGUAGAAACACCCCGCGGCAUCUUCGGAGUUCCACUCAAUGUCAGCAUAAAGUAUGCCAAUGUGGCAAUCUCUUUGACCAACGAUCACGGCGAAAGUUUCAUUUACGGAUAUGUCCCCAUCGUUGUUGCAAAAUGUGGCGUGUUUCUCAAGGAAAAAGCGACUGAUGUGGAGGGCAUCUUUCGUCUCAACGGAUCUGCCAAACGUAUUAAGGAUCUACAGGAGGUCUUCGAUUCCCCUGAGCGAUACGGCAAAGGACUCGACUGGUCCGGUUAUACCGUCCAUGAUGCAGCGAAUGUACUUCGCCGAUACUUGAACCAGCUCCCCGAGCCCAUCGUGCCGCUGGAGUUUUACGAGCGCUUCCGUGAGCCGCUUCGUAUCUACCAGCGACAGGUUUUGGAAGACAAGGGGAUAGCUGAGGCCGACAAAUUUGAUCACGCGAAGGCUGUGGAGACCUAUCAGAACCUUAUCAUCGAACUGCCACCAUUGAACAAGCAGCUUCUCCUUUAUAUUCUCGAUCUUCUAGCAGUUUUCGCCUCGAAGUCCGAUCAAAACCGCAUGCCGUCGGCUAAUUUGUCCGCAAUUUUCCAACCGGGCAUGCUAUCUCAUCCUCAGCAUGAUAUGUCGCCAGAAGAGUAUAAAUUGAGCCAGGACGUGUUGAUAUUCUUGAUUGAGAACCAAGAUCAUUUCCUGUUCGGAAUGAGUGGUACGGCUGCCGACGAGCAGACCAUGAAGGAGGUUGAGGCGGGAAUUCCACGUCCCACAGCACACCCGAGCGUUAGACGAUCAGUUUCCAACGCCAGUGCGACCACAGAAGGUCAUCGCAAGUUGGAUAGUAUCCGACGAAAUGUCUCCGUUUCUUCGCGCAACUCCCGCCAUUCAAACAAUGCUCAAACUCCCGUCACCCCCACCUCCAUUACCGCCUGUGCUGGUGGCGGUGUUCACCGAAGCAAUACUUUGCCCUCGAAGAUGGGCCCUGUUUUAACGUCUGCUCGCUACGCACGAGCCAACGAGGCUGCUUCAAACAACACUUCCAGUCUCAUGGUUUCUCAUCAGAGUUCCCGGUCGACCAGUCGGACGCCUUCGGUACGCGAAGAGCCCGAAGAACCCGAAGAGAUUAAACAGGCUCAUCAGGCUCAUCAGGCUCAUCAGCCCCAGCAAAUCCCACACCAGCCCCCUCCGCAAAUCUCUCAGCAGGCCCCUCAUCAGCCCCAGCAAAUCCCGCAGCAGGGUCAUCAACAAGCCCCUCAACAGGCUCCUCAGCAUGUCGCGCAGCAGGUCCCUCAACAAACUCCUCAGCAGGUUCCCCAGCAAGUCUCUCAGCCUGUUCCUCAUCUGGGUCCUCAAACCGUCCCUUUGCACACACCUGAGCAGCGUCAUGAGGAGCGAAACCCCAAUCGAUCAAGUGCCUCGUUGACUCAAGGUAGCGCCUAUAUCCAUACAUCAACACAUGGUCCGUUGCCUCCAGCUGCCGCCGAACGUCUUAUCAUGAGCGAAAGUGGCAGGCCGCAUGAGAAUAUCCACACCCAUUUUGCUCCAACCUCACUCCCUGCACCCCCACAAGUUGUUACUCCUAGUCGUGAGCGCAAACUUGCGAAUUUUUUCACUAAGUCACCACCCCCCGAUGGUGAGCUUAAAGAGCAUCGACAGCCGAAUCGUUUGAAAAAGAAACGUAUACCCGGUAGUGCAAGCAUAAGCGCACAAAGCUCAACCAAUUCUCUUCCAGCCUGUAGCGUAGAUCACAAUGCUGAUCUGGAACGCAAGCACGAGAACCGGUCAAUGGAUGUUGCUGUUGGCGACACCACCCCACGACCACUAAACACUGCGACGCUUGGCAACCGAGAAGGCCCUUGUGAUUCGAACCCAGCUCUUGCGGAGGGCACUCCACAACCUCACACCGAAUCUUCUCUGCGCCCUAACAAGUCACGCACACCUUCCAUGAACUCACGUUCUUCCUUCACUGAUCAUUCUGACAUGGAUCAACCUGAAGAUUUCUCUCGCCACGAAAACCGUCGAAGUUGGCGGUUUGGUCGCUCGUCCAAGCGGACUAGUGAGCAACUUGGAUUGGGUUUCGCGUCUCCACCACUAGUGGCCACCAAUCCCCGAGCCGAACAAAGUACCAGUUCAAUUGGCAGCGGGAACUAUCAAAGUGCAGACCUCUCCAACCAACCUCUGAGCUUAGACGCAGGAAUUCAAGGCAGUCCCUCCACGGGCUUAGAGCAGGAGAGGAAAAGUCUGUUUGGAAAGUUCAAAGCCAAGGUCGCUCAGGUUCGGGACGGUGUGAAAGACGAUCGUGAGCGCGCAAAGAGCCCCACUCAGUUUGAUAGCGACCCCUCCCUCGCCAGUCAACCCCUUUCCCCCACUACUACCGAGUCGACGAAUGGCCACCCUGCCGCAGUCGAAGUUCCCCAUGAGCAGGUUAAGGAAGAGCAUGUUCGUUCGCCCGUGUCUCCUCUGCCUGGUGCUGGCCUUCCCCCAUCUAUUCCCGAAGAGCCGCAUAGCCCUGAGAUGCCAGUAGCUCUGCCUGUUGUUGCGAACCAGUUUGCUUCACCGACGACCAUUGAGCCAGUACCGGCAUCAGAGCCAAGGGUAUCCCAAGAAAUUCCGAAGGAAGCCGCUGAACCGUCCACUUCGGCUGCUUGA